AUGGGUUCUCCAGCACCACCCCACAUAGUUAUCUUCCCUUUCAUGGCUUAUGGCCAUAUCAUCCCAUUCUUAGAUCUCUCAAAAGCUCUCACACACAGAAACAUCAAAAUCACCAUCAUCACCACUCCAGGAAACGCUUCAUUCAUCCAAAAACAUAUCUCCAAAUACCCACAAAUCCAUCUCAGUGAAAUCCCAUUCCCUAUCACACAAAACCUCCCCAAAGGAUGUGAAAACACAGCUCAGUUACCUUCCAUUGCCUUCUACUUCCACUUCUUAGAAGCCACAAAACAGCUACAAGAACCCUUCCACCAACUCCUACAAAACAUGUCUCAAUCCAAUGAUCUCCCUAUCUGUGUCAUCUCCGAUUUCUUCCUCGGCUGGACUCUCCCUGUUUGUUGCGAAUUUAGUGUUCCUCGCCUUGUCUUCCAUGGUAUGGGUGUGUUUGCAUUAGCCAUGAGUAAGACCGUGUCGCUUCACACGCCCCACCUUCAUGUGUCAUCAGAUACUGUACCCCUAAACUUGCCCGGUUUUCAACUCCACUUCACUAUGACCCGGUCCGACGUGCCGGAGAUGUUCUUUUCAUCGGACCCGGACAACCCGAUUAUCCGGCUCAUAUCUGAGGCGGGUCAGCACGAAAUGGAUAGCUGGGGGGUGAUCGUGAACAGCUUUAUGGAGCUAGAAGGGCCUUACGUGCCCACCUAUGAGUCUUUCUUUGUUAAUGGAGCUAAAUCAUGGUGUGUUGGUCCACUCAUACUCUAUGACCCACCGGCUGAACCGGUUUGA